AGAGGAAGGUGAAAAAAGCUCUACAGGAAGUAACACAAUGCAGUGUCCUAGCUAGUGCUGCCGCUUAGUCUUGUGUAGUUUGUCGAGACACACACAAACACAGGGCGACGAGGAUUACUUGGAUUUGUCGAGUCAGCGGUUGGUCGGGCUGCGGUGCGUGUGGACCAACAGGAGGGUGGAGCAUCCUUUAAUCUCAUGGAGACAAAAAAAAAAGAAAGUCCACAACAAAUGUUUUCUUUUGGGUGUUUCCAGCCAUAAACCCCACAACAAUUCGUGGAUAUCCCUUCUCCUUUGCCGCUGAGCCCAGAUACAAGCCAUUGUUGUUUUAGCAGUCACUAUAAACGAUAUUGCGGAUUAUCAUUUGCGCUAUAUCACGGAUUUGUAAGAAGUCAUUUUUUUUCAAUUGUUUUUUUACAAUAUACAAGAAAAUCCAAAUGUGGAAUUCCACAUGUUCAGUUUAAAAGGAAUCUUUGUUGUAGUGGCUGUAGAUGGCUGACGUAGAACAGGAAGUUAUGGAAAUGACUUCAAAAAGACAACACCAUAAAAAUAAUGAUUGUAUUCACUAUGAAAUAACUACAGUCAGAUGCAAGUUCUUCAGUAUGACCGAGAGCCCUGAGAACUACACUCUCGUGUUGGAUGAGGAGGGCUUCAAAGAGCUGGAGUCCUCGGAGCAACUCCAGACGGAGAGCUCGGUGUGGCUGCCGCUCAACGUGCUCAACAACGCCAACGACUCGGUCAGCUCGCAGGCUCUGGGCGUCACCAAGAUCGCCAAGUCAGUCAUCGCGCCGCUCGCCCGCCAGCACGUCUCCGUCUUCAUGCUGUCCACCUAUCAGACCGACUUCAUCCUGGUGAGAGAGAAGGACCUGUCUGUGGUGGUCAGCACUCUGGACGAGGAGUUCAACAUCUACCGCGAGGUCGGAGGAGAGUCGCUCCUUGUCCGCGGCUGCGACGUCGCCAACGGCCUCCACGAGAACGGCAAAGAGGCUGUGCAGCCCACACUUCACCCAGUGCUCAUCCCCCAGAACCGGUUCUGCGUCAUGUCCUUGGACCCGGACACGCUGCCCUCCAUUGCCACCACGCUCAUCGACGUGCUGUUUUACUCCGGCAGUCCCAAAGAAGAUGAGGCGUCAGGUCCCAGGCCAGACUUGGACCGGAUCAAAUUCUUCUCCUUCUCCCUCAUUGACGGUUACGUCUCCCUUGUCAUGGACACGGACGCUCAAAGACAGUUCCCUGCCGACCUCCUCUUCACCAGCUCCUCCGGGGAACUGUGGAGGAUGGUGCGCAUCGGCGGACAACCGCUCGGCUUCGACGAAUGCGGCAUCGUGGCUCAGAUCUCCCGGCCGUUGGCCGAUUGCGACAUCUCCGCCUAUUACAUCAGCACCUUCAGCUUCGACCACGCUCUGGUCCCCGAGGAGGACAUCGCCAGCGUGAGCGACAUGCUCCACAAGCAGAGGAUGGACCCGACCACCGGCUGAGCCGUGACCGCCCUCGCCCUUGCAGGAAGGAGCGCAAGAGCGCAGGAAAAGCGUACUGACGCUGUCAGGUUUUUUUUUUUUUUUUUUUUUUUUUUUUUAAGACGCAGUUCUCUCGAAAAUGUAGCCAACGUACUAAAAACAUGGGGUUAAGCGUCUUUUUUUAAUAGGUCAGCAUUUUGUAAGUUGGUAAAAAAAAACAACAAA